AUGGCCCGGAAAUAUUGGGGCGGUUCUGGCGAUGCGCUCACCGUAUGGAUUUCCAUCGCUGCUUCUACAGUCAUCAUCUUCUACGGCUAUGAUCAGGGUGUCUUCGGCAACGUCAUCAUAGGCGAAAACUUCCUCAAGACAAUGGACUACCCAUCCUCCAACAUGCAAGCGACAAUGACCUCCGUGUACAAUCUCGGAUGCUUCGUGGGCUCCAUGUCCACUAUCUGGACGGGCGAUAUCUUCGGCAGACCGCGUCAAGUGAUUAUUGGUAGUACGGUGAUUGCGGUGGGCGCUGUGAUACAGACUACUUCGUUUAGUGUUGCGCAGAUGAUGGUUGGAAGGGUUGUCGCUGGUCUUGGAACAGGAAUGAACACAGCAACAGCCGGUGUAUGGCAGGCCGAAACCAGCAAGAUGCGCAGCAGAGGAAAGCUCAUUAUAAUCCAAAUGGCAAACUGUAUCUCUGGCUUCUCACUCUCCAAUUGGCUCACUUUGGGAUUUUCUUUCCUCUCCGGCAGCAUCGCAUGGCGGUUUCCGCUCGCGUUCCAAAUCGUCUUUACUCUAGUCAUCUACGUCCUCUGCCCUUUCUUGCCUGAUUCCCCUCGUCUCCUGAUCCGCAAGGGUAAAUACGAUGAAGCAAAAGAAGUUAUCGCUGCUCUGCAGGGAGAUGGUGCAACACCUGAAUCUCCAUCGGUCAUUUCGCAGUUCAAUAUUAUCAAGGAUAUCCUUGAUCGUGAACAUAUGACCACUUAUACAUGGGGACAAUUGCUUACCGGACGAGGUCCCUCCGGCGUCCUCCGUCGUAUGAUCCUCGGCGCCUGGAUGCAAGCUAUGAACCAAAUUUCCGGCAUCAACAUCACAAGCUACUACAUGUCCUAUGUCUUCAUCAAUGCUCUCGGAAUCAGUGAACUGCUUUCCCGUAUUCUUGCCGCCGCCGGAAGUGUCGAUUACCUUCUCUUCUCGUGUCUCGCGUACUUUGUCAUCGAGCGAUACGGUCGUCGAAAAGUCAUGAUGUACUCUGCCGCGGCGUGCUGUACGUGCUGGGUCGUGAUUGCUAUUGUACUUGCGAUCUCGGAUACGGGGCGAGGAGACUCGUAUCAACUGGGAAUUGUGGCUGUUUCCUUCUUUUUUGUGUUUUUUGCUAGCUUCGGUCUGGGUGUUUUGGGUGUUCCUUGGCUAUAUCCCACCGAAAUCAACGCCCUUGAAAUGCGUACAAAGGGCUCUUCACUCGCAAUGGCCACAAAUUGGAUUAUGAACUACAUGGUCGUUCAGGUAACACCUCCCGGAAUUGCAAAUCUGGGUUGGAAAUUCUGGAUCAUCUGGGCUUGUAUCUGCUUCAGUUUCAUCCCUGUUACGUACUUGUUCUAUCCAGAGACGGCCAACAGAACGUUGGAGGAUAUUGAUCGGUUCUUCGAGACGAAGCCGGGUAUUAUUGUUGCUUGGAAUAAGACUGCAACUCAACUCGAAAGACCAGAGGAGUAUAUUCGUAUGGAUGAGGAGAUUGAGCGUUUGGCGACAGCAAACAAUGAGAAAUUGUCGGAUAAUGAUGAUCGAAUUGAGAAAACGGUGCAGGCUGUCGAUUCAGAAACCGAUCAUCGCGAGCAUGUCUAG